CCAUUCUCCCGUUUCCUGCCAUUCUCCCUUUAUCCGCCAAUUCUCCCGUUAUCCCGCCAUUCUCCCGUUAUCCUGCCAUUCUCCCUUUAUCCUCCAUUCUCCCGUUAUCCCGCCAUUCUCCCGUUAUCCUGCCAUUCUCCCUCUAUCCCGCCAUUCUCCCGUUAUCCGCCAUUUCCCUUUAUCCUGCCAUUUUCCCCGUUAUCCUGCCAUUUCUCCCGUUAUCCUGCCAUUCUCACCUUUAUCCCGCCAUUCUCCCGUUAUCCUGCCAUUCUCCCUUAUCCGCCCAUUCUCCCGUUAUCCUUCCAUUCUCCCUUUAUCCUUCCAUUCUCCCGUUAUCCCGCCAUUCUCCCGUUAUCCUGCCAUUCUCCCUUUAUCCCCGCCAUUCUCCCGUUAUCCCGCCAUUCUCCCUUUAUCCUGCCAUUCUCCCGUUAUCCUGCCAUUCUCCCUUUAUCCCGCCAUUCUCCCUUUAUCCCGCCAUUCUCCGUUAUCCUGCCAUUCUCCCUUAUCCCGCCAUUCUCCCUUUAUCCCGCCAUUCUCCCGUUAUCCUGCCAUUCUCCCUUUAUCCCGCCAUUCUCCCUUUAUCCCGCCAUUCUCCCGUUAUCCUGCCAUUCUCCCGUUAUCCCGCCAUUCUCCCGUUAUCCUGCCAUUCUCCCGUUAUCCUGCCAUUCUCCCUUAUCCCGCCAUUCUCCCUUUAUCCCGCCAUUCUCCCUUUAUCCCGCCAUUCUCCCGUUAUCCUGCCAUUCCUCCCGUUAUCCCGCCAUUCUCCCGUUAUCCUGCCAUUCUCCCGUUAUCCCGCCAUUCUCCCUUUAUCCCGCCAUUCUCCCUUUAUCCCGCCAUUCUCCCUUUAUCCCGCCAUUCUCCCAUUAUCCUGCCAUUUCCCCUUUAUCCCGCCAUUCUCCCGUUAUCCUGCCAUUCUCCCUUUAUCCCGCCAUUCUCUUCCCGUUAUCCCGCCAUUCUCCCCGUUAUCCCGCCAUUCUCCCUUUAUCCCGCCAUUCUCUCCGUUAUCCUGCCAUUCUCCCUUUAUCCCGCCAUUUCUCCCGUUAUCCUGCCAUUCUCCCUUUAUUCCCGCCAUUCUCCCUUUAUCCCGCCAUUCUCCCGUUAUCCUGCCCAUUCUCCCGUUAUCCCGCCAUUCUCCCUUUAUCCCGCCAUUCUCCCGUUAUCCUGCCAUUCUCCCGUUAUCCUGCCAUUCUCCCUUUAUCCCGCCAUUCUCCCGUUAUCCUGCCAUUCUCCCUUUAUCCCGCCAUUCUCCCGUUAUCCCGCCAUUCUCUCCCGUUAUCCCGCCAUUCUCCCUUUAUCCUGCCAUUCUCCCGUUAUCCUGCCAUUCUCCCGUUAUCCUGCCAUUCUCCCUUUAUCCCGCCAUUCUCCCGUUAUCCUGCCAUUCUCCCUUUAUCCUGCCAUUCUCCCGUUAUCCUGCCAUUCUCCCGUUAUCCUGCCAUUCUCCCUUUAUCCAGCCAUUCUCCCGUUAUCCUGCCAUUCUCCCUUUAUCCGCCAUUCUCCCGUUAUCCCGCCAUCUCUCCCGUUAUCCUGCCAUUCUCUCCUUUAUCCCGCCAUUCCUCCCGUUAUCCCGCCAUUCUCCCGUUAUCCUGCCAUUCUCCCUCUAUCCCGCCAUUCUCUCCCGUUAUCCCGCCAUUCUCCUUUAUCCUGCCAUUUUCCCGUUAUCCUGCCAUUCGCCCGUUAUCCUGCCAUUCUCACUUUAUCCCGCCAUUCUCCCGUUAUCCUGCCAUUCUCCCUUUAUCCCGCAUUCUCCCGUUAUCCUUCCAUUCUCCCUUUAUCCUUCCAUUCUCCCGUUAUCCCGCCAUUCUCCCGUAUCCUGCCAUUCUCCCUUUAUCCCGCCAUUCUCCCGUUAUCCCGCCAUUCUCCCUUUAUCCUGCCAUUCUCCCGUUAUCCCGCCAUUCUCCCGUUAUCCCGCCAUUCUCCCGUUAUCCCGCCAUUCUCCCUUUAUCCCCGCCAUUCUCCCGUUAUCCCGCCAUUCUCCCUUUAUCCUGCCAUUCUCCCGUUAUCCCGCCAUUCUCCCUUUAUCCUGCCAUUCUCCCUUUAUCCUGCCAUUCUCCCGUUAUCCCGCCAUUCUCCCGUUAUCCUGCCAUUCUCCCGUUAUCCCGCCAUGCUCCCGUUAUCCUGCCAUUCUCCCUUUAUCCCGCCAUUCUCCCGUUAUCCCGCAUUCUCCCUUUAUCUGCCAUUCUCCGUUAUCCCGCCAUUCUCCCGUUAUCCCGCCAUUCCUCCCUUUAUCCGCCAUUCUCCCGUUAUCCCGCCAUUCUCCCGUUAUCCCGCCAUUCUCCCUUUAUCCCGCCAUUCUCCCUUUAUCCUGCCAUUCUCCCGUUAUCCCUCCAUUCUCCCGUUAUCCCGCCAUUCUCCGUUAUCCCGCCAUUCUCCCGUUAUCCUGCCAUUCUCCCUUUAUCCUGCCAUUCUCCCGUUAUCCCGCCAUUCUCCCUUUAUCCCGCCAUUCUCCCGUUAUCCUGCCAUUCUCCCUUUAUCCUGCCAUUCUCCCGUUAUCCUGCCAUUCUCCCGUUAUCCUGCCAUUCUCCCGUUAUCCCGCCAUUCUCUCUUUAUCCUGCCAUUCUCCCGUUAUCCUGCCAUUCUCCCUUUAUCCCGCCAUUCUCCCGUUAUCCUGCCAUUCUCCCUUUAUCCCGCCAUUCUCCCGUUAUCCUGCCAUUCUCCCUUUAUCCCGACAUUCUCCCGUUAUCCUGCCAUUCUCCCUUUAUCCCGCCAUUCUCCGUUAUCCUGCCAUUCUCCCGUUAUCCCGCCAUUCUCCCGUUAUCCCGCCAUUCUCCCGUUAUCCUGCCAUUCUCCCUUUAUCCCGCCAUUCUCCCGUUAUCCUGCCAUUCUCCCUUUAUCCCGCCAUUCUCCCGUUAUCCUGCCAUUCUCCCGUUAUCCCGCCAUUCUCCCGUUAUCCCGCCAUUCUCCCUUUAUCCCGCCAUUCUCCCGUUAUCCUGCCAUUCUCCCUUUAUCCCGCCAUUCUCCCGUUAUCCUGCCAUUCUCCCGUUAUCCCGCCAUUCUCCGUUAUCCCGCCAUUCUCUCCCGUUAUCCUGCCACUCUCCCUUUAUCCCGCCAUUCUCCCGUUAUCCUGCCAUUCUCCCUUUAUCCCGCCAUUCUCCCGUAUCCUGCCAUCUCCCUUUAUCCGCAAUUCUCCCGUUAUCCUGCCAUUCUCCGUUAUCCCGCAUUCUCCCGUUAUCCUGCCAUUCUCCCGUAUCCCUCCCGUUAUCCUGCAUUCUCCCGUUAUCCCGCCAUUCUCCGUUAUCCCGCCAUUCUCCCGUUAUCCCGCCAUUCUCCCGUUAUCCCGCCAUUCUCCCGUUAUCCCACCAUUUCUCCCGUUAUCCCGCCAUUCUCCCAUUAUCCUGCCAUUCUCCCUUUAUCCCGCCAUUCUCCCCGUUAUCCUGCCAUUCUCCCUUUAUCCCGCCAUUCUCCCGUUAUCCUUCCAUUCUCCCUUUAUCCCCGCCAUUCUCCCGUUAUCCCGCCAUUCUCCCUUUAUCCUGCCAUUCUCCCGUUAUCCCGCCAUUCUCCCGUUAUCCUGCCAUUCUCCCUUUAUCCCGCCAUUCUCCCGUUAUCCCGCCAUUCUCCCUUUAUCCUGCCAUUCUCCCGUUAUCCCGCCAUUCUCCCGUUAUCCUGCCAUUCUCCUUUAUCCCCGCCAUUCUCCCGUUAUCCCGCCAUUCUCCCUUUAUCCUGCCAUUCUCCCGUUAUCCCGCCAUUCUCCCGUUAUCCGCCAUUCUCCCGUUAUCCCGCCAUUCUCCCUUUAUCCCGCCAUUCUCCCGUUAUCCCGCCAUUCUCCCUUUAUCCUGCCAUUCUCCCGUUAUCCCGCCAUUCUCCCUUUAUCCUGCCAUUCUCCCUUUAUCCUGCCAUUCUCCCGUUGUCCCGCCAUUCUCCCGUUAUCCUGCCAUUCUCCCGUUAUCCCGCCAUGCUCCCGUUAUCCUGCCAUUCUCCCUUUAUCCCGCCAUUCUCCCGUUAUCCCGCCAUUCUCCCUUUAUCCUGCCAUUCUCCCUUUAUCCCGCCAUUCUCCCGUUAUCCCGCCAUUCUCCCUUUAUCCCGCCAUUCUCCCGUUAUCCCGCCAUUCUCCCGUUAUCCCGCCAUUCUCCCUUUAUCCCGCCAUUCUCCCUUUAUCCUGCCAUUCUCCCGUUAUCCCUCCAUUCUCCCGUUAUCCCGCCAUUCUCCCGUUAUCCCGCCAUUCUCCCGUUAUCCUGCCAUUCUCCCUUUAUCCUGCCAUUCUCCCGUUAUCCCGCCAUUCUCCCUUUAUCCCGCCAUUCUCCCCGUUAUCCUGCCAUUCUCCCUUUAUCCUGCCAUUCUCCCGUUAUCCUGCCAUUCUCCCGUUAUCCUGCCAUUCUCCCGUUAUCCCGCCAUUCUCCCUUUAUCCUGCCAUUCUCCCGUUAUCCUGCCAUUCUCCCUUUAUCCCGCCAUUCUCCCGUUAUCCUGCCAUUCUCCCUUUAUCCCGCCAUUCUCCCGUUAUCCUGCCAUUCUCCCUUUAUCCCGCCAUUCUCCCGUUAUCCCGCCAUUCUCCCUUUAUCCUGCCAUUCUCCCGUUAUCCCGCCAUUCUCCCGUUAUCCCGCCAUUCUCCCAUUAUCCUGCCAUUCUCCCGUUAUCCUGCCAUUCUCCCGUUAUCCUGCCAUUCUCCCUUUAUCCCGCCAUUCUCCCGUUAUCCUGCCAUUCUCCCGUUAUCCCGCCAUUCUCCCUUUAUCCCGCCAUUCUCCCUUUAUCCCGCCAUUCUCCCGUUAUCCUGCCAUUCUCCCUUUAUCCCGCCAUUCUCCCGUUAUCCUUCCAUUCUCCCUUUAUCCCGCCAUUCUCCCCGUUAUCCCCCCGCCAUUCUCCCUUUAUCCUGCCAUUCUCCCGUUAUCCCGCCAUUCUCCCGUUAUCCUGCCAUUCUCCCUUUAUCCCGCCAUUCUCCCGUUAUCCCGCCAUUCUCCCUUUAUCCUGCCAUUCUCCCGUUAUCCCGCCAUUCUCCCGUUAUCCUGCCAUUCUCCCUUUAUCCCGCCAUUCUCCCGUUAUCCCGCCAUUCUCCCUUAUCCUGCCAUUCUCCCGUUAUCCCGCCAUUCUCCCGUUAUCCCGCCAUUCUCCCGUUAUCCCGCCAUUCUCCUUUAUCCCGCCAUUCUCCCGUUAUCCCGCCAUUCUCCCUUUAUCCUGCCAUUCUCCCGUUAUCCCGCCAUUCUCCCUUUAUCCUGCCAUUCUCCCUUUAUCCUGCCAUUCUCCCGUUAUCCCGCCAUUCUCCCGUUAUCCUGCCAUUCUCCCGUUAUCCCGCCGUGCUCCCGUUAUCCUGCCAUUCUCCCUUUAUCCCGCCAUUCUCACCGUUAUCCCGCCAUUCUCCCUUUAUCCUGCCAUUCUCCCUUGAUCCCGCCAUUCUCCAGUCAUCCGCCCUUCUCCCUUUAUCCCGCCAUCUCCCGUUAUCCGCCAUUCUCCCGUAUCCGCCAUUCUCCCUUUAUCCCGCCAUUCUCCCGUUAUCCUGCCAUUCUCCCUUUAUCCCGCCAUUCUCCCGUUAUCCCGCCAUUCUCCCGUUAUCCUGCCAUUCUCCCUCUAUCCCGCCAUUCUCCCGUUAUCCCGCCAUUCUCCCUUUAUCCUGCCAUUUUCCCGUUAUCCUGCCAUUCUCCCGUUAUCCUGCCAUUCUCAACUUUAUCCCGGCCAUUCUCUCCCGUUAUCCUGCCAUUCUCCCUUUAUCCCGCCAUUUCUCCCGUUAUCCUUCCAUUCUCCCCUUUAUCCUUCCAUUCUCCCGUUAUCCCGCCAUUCUCCCGUUAUCCUGCCAUUCUCCCUUUAUCCCGCCAUUCUCCCCGUUAUCCCGCCAUUCUCUCCUUUAUCCUGCCAUUCUCCCCGUUAUCCCGCAUUCUCCCCGUUAUCCCGCCAUUCUCCCGUUAUCCCCGCCAUUCUCCUUUAAUCCCGCCAUUCUCUCGCUCGUUAUCCCCGCCAUUCUCCCUUUAUCCUGCAUUCUCCCGUUAUCCCGCCAUUCUCCCUUUAUCCUGCCAUUCUCCCUUUAUCCUGCCAUUCCUCCCGUUAUCUCCGCCGCCAUUCCCUCCCGUUAUCCUGGCCAUUCUUCCCGUUAUCCCGCCAUGCUCCCGUUAUCCUGCCAUUCUCCCUUUAUCCCGCCAUUCUCCCGUUAUCCCGCCAUUCUCCCUUUAUCCUGCCAUUCUCAUCCGCUUAUCCCUGCCAUUCUCCGUUAUCUCCCGCCAUUCUCGCCUUUAUCCCGGCCAUUCUCCCCGUUAUCCCGCCAUUCUCCCGUUAUCCCCCAUUCUCCUUUAUCCCGCCAUUCUCCCUUUAUCCUGCCAUUCUCCCGUUAUCCCUCCAUUCUCCCGUUAUCCCGCCAUUCUCCCGUUAUCCCGCCAUUCUCCCGUUAUCCUGCCAUUCUCCCUUUAUCCUGCCAUUCUCCCGUUAUCCCGCCAUUCUCCUUUAUCCCGCCAUUCUCCCGUUAUCCUGCCAUUCUCCCUUUAUCCUGCCAUUCUCCCGUUAUCCUGCCAUUCUCCCGUUAUCCUGCCAUUCUCCCGUUAUCCCGCCAUUCUCUCUUUAUCCUGCCAUUCUCCCGUUAUCCUGCCAUUCUCCCUUUAUCCCGCCAUUCUCCCGUUAUCCUGCCAUUCUCCCUUUAUCCCGCCAUUCUCCCGUUAUCCUGCCAUUCUCCCUUUAUCCGACAUUCUCCCGUUAUCCUGCCAUUCUCCCUUUAUCCCGCCAUUCUCCCGUUAUCCUGCCAUUCUCCCGUUAUCCCGCCAUUCUCCCGUUAUCCCGCCAUUCUCCCGUUAUCCUGCCACUUCUCCCUUAUCCCGCAUUCUCCCGUUAUCCUGCCAUUCUCCUUUAUCCCGCCAUUCUCCUCCCGUUAUCCUGCCAUUCUCCCCCGUUAUCCCGCCAUUCUCCCGUUAUCCCGCCAUUCUCCCUUUAUCCCGCCAUUCUCCCGUUAUCCUGCCAUUCUCCCUUUAUCCCGCCAUUCUCCCGUUAUCAUGCCAUUCUCCCGUUAUCCCGCCAUUCUCCGUUAUCCCGCCAUUCUCCCGUUAUCCUGCCACUCUCCCUUUAUCCCGCCAUUCUCCCGUUAUCCUGCCAUUCUCCCUUUAUUCCCGCCAUUCUCCCGUUAUCCUGCCAUUCUCCCUUUAUCCCGCAUUCUCCCGUUAUCCUGCCAUUCUCCCGUUAUCCCGCCAUUCUCCCGUUAUCCUGCCAUUCUCCCGUUAUCCCGCCAUUCUCCCGUUAUCCCGCCAUUCUCCCGUUAUCCCGCCAUUCUCCCGUUAUCCCGCCAUUCUCCCGUUAUCCCACCAUUCUCCCGUUAUCCCGCCAUUCUCCCAUUAUCCUGCCAUUCUCCCUUUAUCCCGCCAUUCUCCCGUUAUCCUGCCAUUCUCCCUUUAUCCCGCCAUUCUCCCGUUAUCCUUCCAUUCUCCCUUUAUCCCGCCAUUCUCCCGUUAUCCCGCCAUUCUCCCUUUAUCCUGCCAUUCUCCCGUUAUCCCGCCAUUCUCCCGUUAUCCUGCCAUUCUCCCUUUAUCCCGCCAUUCUCCCGUUAUCCCGCCAUUCUCCCUUUAUCCUGCCAUUCUCCCGUUAUCCCGCCAUUCUCCCGUUAUCCUGCCAUUCUCCCUUUAUCCCGCCAUUCUCCCGUUAUCCCGCCAUUCUCCCUUUAUCCUGCCAUUCUCCCGUUAUCCCGCCAUUCUCCCGUUAUCCCGCCAUUCUUCCCGUUAUCCCGCCAUUCUCCCUUUAUCCCGCCAUUCUCCCGUUAUCCCGCCAUUCUCCCUUUAUCCUGCCAUUCUCCCGUUAUCCCGCCAUUCUCCCUUUAUCCUGCCAUUCUCCCUUUAUCCUGCCAUUCUCUCCCGUUGUCCCGCCAUUCUCCCCGUUAUCCUGCCAUUCUCCCGUUAUCCCGCCAUGCUCCCGUUAUCCUGCCAUUCUCCCUUUAUCCCGCCAUUCUCCCGUUAUCCCGCCAUUCUCCCUUUAUCCUGCCAUUCUCCCUUUAUCCCGCCAUUCUCCCGUUAUCCCGCCAUUCUCCCUUUAUCCCGCCAUUCUCCCGUUAUCCCGCCAUUCUCCCGUUAUCCCGCCAUUCUCCCUUUAUCCCGCCAUUCUCCCUUUAUCCUGCCAUUCUCCCGUUAUCCCUCCAUUCUCCCCGUUAUCCCGCCAUUCUCCCGUUAUCCCGCCAUUCUCCCGUUAUCCCUGCCAUUCUCCCUUUAUCCUGCCAUUCUCCCGUUAUCCCGCCAUUCUCCCUUUAUCCCGCCAUUCUCCCGUUAUCCUGCCAUUCUCCCUUUAUCCUGCCAUUCUCCCGUUAUCCUGCCAUUCUCCCGUUAUCCUGCCAUUCUCCCGUUAUCCCGCCAUUCUCCCUUUAUCCUGCCAUUCUCCCGUUAUCCUGCCAUUCUCCCUUUAUCCCGCCAUUCUCCCGUUAUCCUGCCAUUCUCCCUUUAUCCCGCCAUUCUCCCGUUAUCCUGCCAUUCUCCCUUUAUCCCGCCAUUCUCCCGUUAUCCCGCCAUUCUCCCUUUAUCCUGCCAUUCUCCCGUUAUCCCGCCAUUCUCCCGUUAUCCCGCCAUUCUCCCAUUAUCCUGCCAUUCUCCCGUUAUCCUGCCAUUCUCCCGUUAUCCUGCCAUUCUCCCUUUAUCCCGCCAUUCUCCCGUUAUCCUGCCAUUCUCCCGUUAUCCCGCCAUUCUCCCUUUAUCCCGCCAUUCUCCCUUUAUCCCGCCAUUCUCCCGUUAUCCUGCCAUUCUCCCUUUAUCCCGCCAUUCUCCCGUUAUCCUUCCAUUCUCCCUUUAUCCCGCCAUUCUCCCGUUAUCCCGCCAUUCUCCCUUUAUCCUGCCAUUCUCCCGUUAUCCCGCCAUUCUCCCGUUAUCCUGCCAUUCUCCCUUUAUCCCGCCAUUCUCCCGUUAUCCCGCCAUUCUCCCUUUAUCCUGCCAUUCUCCCGUUAUCCCGCCAUUCUCCCGUUAUCCUGCCAUUCUCCCUUUAUCCCGCCAUUCUCCCGUUAUCCCGCCAUUCUCCCUUUAUCCUGCAUUCUCCCGUUAUCCCGCCAUUCUCCCGUUAUCCCGCCAUUCUCCCGUUAUCCCGCCAUUCUCCCUUUAUCCCGCCAUUCUCCCGUUAUCCCGCCAUUCUCCCUUAUCCUGCCAUUCUCCCGUUAUCCCGCCAUUCUCCCUUUAUCCUGCCAUUCUCCCUUUAUCCUGCCAUUCUCCCGUUAUCCCGCCAUUCUCCGUUAUCCUGCCAUUCUCCCGUUAUCCCGCCAGUGCUCCCGUUAUCCUGCCAUUCUCCCUUUAUCCGCCAUUCUCCCGUUAUCCCGCCAUUCUCCCUUUAUCCUGCCAUUCUCCCUUUAUCCCGCCAUUCUCCCGUCAUCCCGCCAUUCUCCCUUUAUCCCGCCAUUCUCCCGUUAUCCCGCCAUUCUCCCGUUAUCCCGCCAUUCUCCCUUUAUCCCGCCAUUCUCCCUUUAUCCUGCAUUCUCCCGCUAUCCCUCCAUUCUCCCGUUAUCCCGCCAUUCUCCCGUUAUCCCGCCAUUCUCCCGUUAUCCUGCCAUUCUCCCUUUAUCCUGCCAUUCUCCCGUUAUCCCGCCAUUCUCCCUUUAUCCCGCCAUUCUCCCGUUAUCCUGCCAUUCUCCCUUUAUCCUGCCAUUCUCCCGUUAUCCUGCCAUUCUCCCGUUAUCCUGCCAUUCUCCCGUUAUCCCGCCAUUCUCCCUUUAUCCUGCCAUUCUCCCGUUAUCCUGCCAUUCUCCCUUUAUCCCGCCAUUCUCCCGUUAUCCUGCCAUUCUCCCUUUAUCCCGCCAUUCUCCCGUUAUCCUGCCAUUCUCCCUUUAUCCCGCCAUUCUCCCGUUAUCCCGCCAUUCUCCCUUUAUCCUGCCAUUCUCCCGUUAUCCCGCCAUUCUCCCGUUAUCCCGCCAUUCUCCCAUUAUCCUGCCAUUCUCCCGUUAUCCUGCCAUUCUCCCGUUAUCCUGCCAUUCUCCCUUUAUCCCGCCAUUCUCCCGUUAUCCUGCCAUUCUCCCGUUAUCCCGCCAUUCUCCCUUUAUCCCGCCAUUCUCCCUUUAUCCCGCCAUUCUCCCUUUAUCCCGCCAUUCUCCCUUUAUCCCGCCAUUCUCACCGUUAUCCUGCCAUUCUCCCGUUAUCCCGCCAUUCUCCCGUUAUCCCGCCAUUCUCCCGUUAUCCUGCCAUUCUCCCUUUAUCCCGCCAUUCUCCCGUUAUCCUGCCAUUCUCCCUUUAUCCCGCCAUUCUCCCGUUAUCCUGCCAUUCUCCCUUUAUCCCGCCAUUCUCCCGUUAUCCUGCCAUUCUCCCGUUAUCCCACCAUUCUCCCGUUAUCCCGCCAUUCUCUCCCGUUAUCCUGCCAUUCUCCCGUUAUCCAACCAUUCUCCCGUUAUCCCGCCAUUCUCCCGUUAUCCUGCCAUUCUCCCUUUAUCCCGACAUUCUCCCGUUAUCCUGCCAUUCUCCUUUAUCCCGCCAUUCUCCCGUUAUCCUGCCAUUCUCCCGUUAUCCUUGCCAUUCUCCCGUUAUCCCGCCAUUCUCCCGUUAUCCUGCCAUUCUCCCUUUAUCCCGCCAUUCUCCCCGUUAUCCUGCCAUUCUCCCGUUAUCCCGCCAUUCUCCCGUUAUCCGCCAUUCUCCCAUUAUCCUGGCCAUUCUCCCGUUAUCCUGCCAUUCUCCCGUUAUCCUGCCAUUCUCCCUUUAUCCUGCCAUUCUCCCUUUAUCCCGCCAUUCUCCCGUUAUCCUGCCAUUCUCCCUUUAUCCCGCCAUUCUCCCUUUAUCCCGCCAUUCUCCCGUUAUCCUGCCAUUCUCCCGUUAUCCCGCCAUUCUCCCGUUAUCCCGCCAUUCUCCCGUUAUCCCGCCAUUCUCCCGUAAAGCCAUUCUCCCAUUAUCCUGCCAUUCUCCCUUUAUUCCCGCCAUUCUCCGUUAUCCCGCCAUUCUCCCCGUUAAUCCUGCCAUUCUCCCGUUUAUCCCGCCAUUCUCCCGUUAUCCCCGCCUUUCUCCCGUUAUCCCGUCAUUCUCCCGUUAUCCUGCCAUUCUCCCUUUAUCCCGACAUUCUCCCGUUAUCCCGCCAUUCUCCCUUUAUCCCGCCAUUCUCCCGUUAUCCUGCCAUUCUCCCUUUAUCCCUCCUUUCCUCCUGUAUCCCCCCCAUCCUGCCGCUCUGCGGUCCUGCUGUUCCUUUCAGCUGCCCGAUUCGGCUUCUCAUGGACGAGGAGUUACGGGCAGCUGCAGCUUCGGAGGAGGUUCGGACAGCGCUGGGAAACAAAGUCAGCAAAGAGAGGAUUGGGAAAGAGGUACGUGUAAGAGGUAUGGGAUAGAGGUGGAUCUUAUGCUCAGUCCUGUGACCCCUAUGCGGCAAUCUCCCUCGUGGUCGACCUCAACCUCUUCCCCACCGUCUUCCCAUGCCCUCUCUCCGAUCGCUGCUUCAGCUGCCUCCUUACGCCUGUUUUCCCCUUCCUGUCUUUCCUUCCGCCCCUCACAGGUAGAGCUGAUGCUCAAAUCCCGCGAUCCCUAUGCAGCCAUCUCCCUCGUGGUCGACCUCAACCUCUUCCCCACCGUCUUCCCGCUCCCCCACGCCCCCUCGCACACUGCUGAUGUUCCCCCUGAUGAUGAGCUGCCUGGAGACAGUAACAUGUGGCUUGUGCUUCAAACAUGUCCCAAUUCCCCUUACUCCCUCAUGCCUUUUCCCCCGCCCCCUCUCCCCUCUACUCCCCCACCCUUUCCCCCUCUCCCCUUUCUAUCCGCCCCCCCUCCCCUUUCCCCCCUCCCUCGUUGUUCACUUCCCUUGCGAGCUCUGAUUGAUCACUUGUCUGACCUUAGUGUGGGGCUGCUGCUGGCAGCGCUGCUGAUGCCUCUCAGGCAUGCCCACUACCUGGAUAAGAAGAAGAAAGAG